AUGGGUCUAGAAAUCCUGGUGACGCCGCUGGAACAAGCAGACAACAGUAUUAAUCAGUCGAUACCAAAACAAUUAGCAGACGGAGAAGUGCAACAUAAUGUAUUCUUUUUUAUGGUGGCUAGCUAUGAGACAACUGCAACAACGCCUGUUUAUUGCACGUACGUUUUGGCUAAUUAUCCCAAAGUACAAGAAAAAUUACAAGAAGAAAUUGAUCAUCAUUAUCAUAAAGAAUAUGGUAAUUAUUCUGAUUACGAUAUUAUCAGUAAUAUGGAAUAUAUGAAAUUAUUUAUUAAAGAAGUCUUACGUAUGUUUCCAGUAGCAAUAUCACAAACAACUAAUCGCCAAUGUGUACGAGAAACAACAGUUUGUGGCUAUAAAAUAGCUAAAGGUAAUUUAUCUUAG